AAGAGAUGGGACUAGAAUGUCUCUUGCCCAAAGCAAAAAGUUAUCACAACUUACUGCUGACAAUGCUCAGUGGGAAGACAGACAGCUUUUGCGAUCUGGAGCUGUAAGGGGAACUGAAGUGCAAACUGAGUUUGAUGAGGAGGAGGAACGUAAAGUUAUUCUCCUUGUACAUGAUACAAAGCCUCCUUUCCUGGAUGGAAGAGUUGUUUUUACUAAACAAGCAGAGCCAAUAAUGCCUAUCAAAGAUUCCACAUCAGACAUGGCUAUUAUUUCACGCAAAGGGUCUGCCCUGGUGAGGGAAAUUCAUGAGAAGCAAAGUAUGAAUAAGUCACGCCAACGCUUUUGGGAGCUUGCUGGCUCCAAACUUGGUGAUAUUCUUGGUGUUGAGAAAACAGCAGAGCAGAUCGAUGCUGACACUGCUGUAGUAGGUGAACAUGGUGAAAUUGAUUUUAAGGAAGAUGCAAAAUUUGCACAGCAUUUGAAGAAGCAAGAGGCUGUAAGUGAAUUUGCUAAGUCCAAAACCAUGGCAGAGCAGCGACAAUAUCUGCCUAUAUAUUCAGUACGAGAUGAGUUAUUGCAGGUUAUUCGUGAAAAUCAGGUGGUGAUUGUUGUUGGAGAAACUGGUUCAGGAAAGACAACCCAACUUACACAGUAUCUUCAUGAAGAUGGAUACACUUCAAAUGGCAUAGUAGGUUGCACCCAACCAAGGCGAGUAGCAGCCAUGAGUGUUGCAAAAAGAGUUAGUGAAGAGAUGGAAACUGAGUUGGGGGAUAAAGUUGGCUAUGCUAUUCGUUUUGAAGAUGUGACUGGCCCGGACACUUUGAUCAAGUACAUGACUGAUGGAGUACUUCUUCGUGAAACUUUAAAAGAUUCUGAUCUUGACAAGUACCGUGUUAUUGUGAUGGAUGAAGCACAUGAAAGAUCACUCAAUACAGAUGUAUUGUUUGGGAUAUUGAAGAAAGUGGUUGCCCAGCGUCGGGAUUUCAAGCUGAUUGUUACAUCUGCAACAUUAAAUGCACAGAAAUUUUCUAAUUUCUUUGGCAGUGUGCCAAUUUUCCACAUUCCUGGACGCACUUUUCCAGUUAAUAUUUUAUACAGUAAGACUCCAUGUGAAGAUUAUGUUGAAGCAGCAGUUAAGCAGGCUAUGACUAUUCACAUUACAAGUCCUCCAGGUGAUAUCCUUAUUUUCAUGACUGGCCAAGAUGAGAUUGAGGCAGCUUGCUAUGCGCUUGCUGAGCGAAUGGAACAACUCAUUUCGUCUACCAAGAGGGGAGUUCCUAAACUCCUAAUACUCCCGAUAUACUCCCAGUUGCCUGCUGACUUGCAAGCAAAAAUAUUCCAGAAGGCUGAAGAUGGCGCCCGCAAAUGUAUUGUUGCGACCAACAUUGCUGAGACAUCAUUGACUGUCGAUGGAAUUUAUUAUGUCAUUGACACUGGUUAUGGAAAGAUGAAAGUUUACAAUCCUAGGAUGGGUAUGGAUGCUCUCCAAGUUUUCCCUGUUAGUCGGGCAGCAGCUGAUCAACGUGCAGGACGUGCUGGGAGAACUGGACCUGGUACCUGCUACAGACUUUAUACAGAGAGUGCAUACUUAAAUGAAUUGCUGCCGAGCCCUGUGCCAGAGAUUCAAAGAACGAACCUUGGAAAUGUGGUAUUGUUGCUAAAGUCACUUAAAAUAGAGAAUUUGCUAGAUUUCGAUUUUAUGGACCCACCUCCACAGGAUAACAUCCUUAAUUCCAUGUACCAGUUAUGGGUCUUGGGUGCUCUUAGCAAUGUGGGUGCUUUAACUGAUCUUGGAUGGAAAAUGGUUGAGUUUCCUUUGGACCCCCCACUGGCUAAGAUGCUUUUGAUGGGCGAGCAACUAGAAUGUAUUAAUGAGGUUUUAACAAUUGUGUCAAUGCUUUCAGUUCCGUCAGUGUUCUUCAGGCCUAAAGAUAGAGCAGAGAGAGUGAUGCGGCAAGGGAAAAAUUUUUUGUCCCAAAAUCUGACCACUUAACCCUCCUCAAUGUUUACCAGCAGUGGAAAGAGCAUGAUUAUCGGGGAGACUGGUGUAACGAUCACUUUUUGCAUGUUAAAGGAUUGAAAAAGGCUAGAGAGGUGAGGUCCCAGCUAUUAGAUAUUCUCAAGCAGCUGAAAAUCCCACUAACUUCUUGUGGACCUGAUUGGGAUGUAAUUCGAAAAGCCAUUUGUUCUGCGUAUUUCCACAAUGCAGCAAGACUGAAGGGUGUUGGGGAGUACGUAAACUGCAGGAAUGGAAUGCCUUGCCAUUUGCACCCAAGUAGUGCUUUAUAUGGCUUGGGUUAUACACCAGACUAUGUUGUUUACCAUGAAUUGAUUUUAACGACGAAGGAGUACAUGCAGUGUGCCACAGCAGUGGAGCCCCAAUGGUUGGCUGAGCUUGGACCUAUGUUUUUCUCUGUAAAGGAAUCAGAUACGUCAAUGUUGGAGCAUAAGAAAAAGCAGAAAGAAGAGAAGACGGCAAUGGAAGAGGAGAUGGAAAAUUUGAGGAAAGAACAAUUAGAGGUGGAGAGAAAAAGCAGGGAGAAGGAAAGAGAAAAGAGGAGGAAGCAACAACAACAGAUUUCAAUGCCGGGAAUGCGCCAGGGUCCUUCCACAUAUCUACGACCAAAGAAGUUCGGUUUGUAAAUUUGUCUCUGUAGUUAAUUCUUACUGUUAGAAACACAGAUUCUCUCAAUUUUUACCACAGAAAAGAUUUACAAAAGAUACAAAAUUUUGUAUUUGUAUGUAUCUUAAAUUACUGGAUGUACAGAAGAUGUAGGUGAAGGUGAUGUCGGACUUUUUAUGUUGUAAUUUUAUCUUGCUUUUGUA